CACAGAAGGUGAAUAACCCUAUGAACAGUCAGGCUGAUGGCCCACCGAAGAGCCUGAGUGAUAAAGAUGAAGCCCCAGCCAGCGAGGUGGGCUGGAUGACCUCAGUCAAAGACUGGGCGGGGGUCAUGAUCUCAGCACAGACCCUUACCGGCAGAGUACUGGUGGUGUUGGUCUUUGCACUCAGCAUCGGAGCUCUGGGAAUAUACUUCAUAGAUUCUUCGGAUCCUAUAGAAUCCUGUCAGAAUUUCUACAAAGACUUCACGUUACAAAUUGACAUGGCAUUCAACGUGUUCUUCUUACUCUACUUCGGCCUGCGCUUCAUAGCAGCCAAUGAUAAGCUGUGGUUCUGGCUGGAGGUGAACUCCGUGGUGGACUUCUUCACAGUACCGCCCGUGUUUGUGUCAGUGUAUCUGAACAGGAGCUGGCUGGGUCUGAGGUUUCUAAGAGCCUUGAGAUUGAUACAGUUCUCAGAAAUUUUACAGUUUUUGAAUAUCUUAAAAACAAGUAAUUCCAUCAAGCUGGUGAACCUGUGUUCCAUCUUCAUAAGCACAUGGCUCACUGCUGCAGGAUUCAUUCAUCUGGUGGAAAACUCAGGGGAUCCAUGGGAAAACUUCCAAAACUCUCAACCGCUCUCAUAUUGGGAAUGUGUGUACUUAUUAAUGGUCACUAUGUCCACGGUGGGAUAUGGAGACGUCUAUGCAAGAACCACUCUUGGACGCCUUUUCAUGGUCUUCUUCAUUCUCGGUGGUCUGGCCAUGUUUGCCAGCUACGUCCCUGAAAUCAUAGAGUUAAUAGGAAACCGCAAGAAAUAUGGUGGUUCCUAUAGUGCGGUAAAUGGCAGAAAGCACAUUGUGGUCUGUGGUCAUAUCACUCUCGAAAGUGUUUCCAACUUCCUUAAAGACUUCCUACACAAGGACAGGGAUGAUGUCAAUGUAGAAAUUGUUUUUCUUCAUAAUAUUUCCCCUAAUCUUGAGCUGGAAGCCUUGUUCAAACGUCACUUCACUCAGGUGGAAUUUUAUCAAGGAUCGGUCCUCAACCCACAUGAUCUAGCAAGAGUAAAGAUCGAGUCAGCGGACGCCUGCUUGAUUCUUGCGAACAAAUACUGUGCAGACCCCGAUGCCGAAGAUGCUUCUAAUAUCAUGAGAGUAAUAUCUAUCAAGAACUACCAUCCAAAGAUUAGAAUAAUCACACAAAUGUUGCAGUACCACAACAAGGCCCAUCUGCUAAACAUUCCCAGCUGGAACUGGAAGGAGGGUGAUGAUGCGAUCUGCCUUGCCGAGCUGAAGGCAGGCUUCAUAGCCCAGAGCUGCCUGGCACAGGGCCUGUCCACCAUGCUCGCCAACCUCUUCUCCAUGAGGUCAUAUAUCAAGAUCGAAGAGGACACGUGGCAGAAGUAUUAUCUGGAAGGAGUGGCCAAUGAAAUGUACACAGAGUACCUGUCCAGUGCCUUUGUCGGGCUUUCAUUUCCUACAGUUUGUGAGUUGUGCUAUGUGAAGCUCAAGUUGUUGUUGAUCGCUGUCGAGUACAAGUCCGAGCAGAGGGAAAGCAGAAGCAGAAAGCGUAUUCUGAUCAACCCGGGAAAUCACGUUAAGAUGCAGGAGGGGACACUGGGAUUCUUUAUCGCCAGUGAUGCCAAAGAGGUCAAAAGAGCAUUUUUCUACUGCAAAGCAUGUCAUGAUGACAUCACAGAUCCCAAAAGGAUUAAAAAGUGUGGCUGCAAGAGAAUGACAUAUUUCGAAGAUGAGCAUCCGUCAACACUGUCACCCAAAAAGAAGCAACGCAACGGAGGCAUGCGAAAUUCACCCAACUGCUCACCCAAAAUGAUGAGACACGACCCUCUACUCAUUCCAGGAAAUGAGCAGAUUGAGAACAUGGAUGCUAAUGUGAAAAGAUACGACUCUACCGGAAUGUUUCACUGGUGUCCGUCCAAAGAUAUCGAGAAGGUCAUUCUGACACGCAGCGAGGCCUCCAUGACGGUUUUAAGUGGGCAUGUAGUAGUCUGUAUAUUUGGAGAUGUCACGUCAGCUUUAGUGGGGCUUCGAAACUUGGUGAUGCCUUUGAGAGCAAGCAACUUCCAUUACCACGAGCUAAAGCCCAUCGUGUUUGUGGGCUCAUUAGAUUAUUUGAGAAGAGAGUGGGAAACCCUUCACAACUUCCCUAAAGUCUCCAUCUUACCUGGUACGCCAUUAAGUCGAGCUGAUUUAAGGGCCGUCAACAUCAACCUCUGUGACAUGUGCGUUAUCCUGUCAGCCAAUCAGAACAAUAUCGACGAUGCUUCACUGCAGGACAAGGAAUGCAUCUUGGCGACUCUUAACAUCAAAUCUAUGCAGUUUGAUGACAGCAUUGGGGUCUUGCAGGCUAAUUCCCAAGGUUUCACACCUCCAGGGAUGGAUAGAUCAUCUCCAGAUAAUAGUCCAGUGCACGGCUUGGUGCGGCAGGCAUCCAUCACCACGGGAUCAAACAUCCCGAUCAUAACUGAACUCGCUAAGCCUGGCAAACUACUGCCUUUGGUUUCAUUCAGUCAGGAAAAAAACAGUGGAACCAACAUACAAAUGAUAACAGAACUGGUGAAUGACUCCAACGUUCAGUUUUUGGACCAAGACGACGAUGACGACCCAGAUACGGAGCUGUAUCUGACCCAGCCGUUUGCCUGCGGUACCGCGUUCGCCGUCAGCGUGUUGGACUCCCUGAUGAGUGCGACAUACUUCAAUGAUAAUAUCCUCACCCUGAUCCGGACGCUGGUCACGGGAGGCGCCACUCCGGAGCUGGAGGCCCUGCUGGCUGAGGAGAACGCGCUGAGAGGUGGCUACAGCACGCCGCAGACGCUGGCUAACAGGGACAGGUGUCGGGUCGCCCAGCUGGCCCUCUACGAUGGGCCCUUCGCAGACUUGGGGGAUGGUGGUUGCUACGGAGACUUAUUUUGUAAAGCAUUAAAAACGUACAACAUGCUGUGCUUUGGAAUCUAUAGAUUACGAGAUGCACAUAUAAGUGUACCAAGCCAGUGCACAAAAAGAUAUGUCAUCACAAACCCGCCUUAUGAGUUUGAGCUGGUGCCCACGGACCUGAUCUUCUGUCUGAUGCAGUUUGACCACAACGCGGGCCAGUCCCGAGCGAGCCUGUCCCAUUCCUCCCAUUCCUCUCAUUCAUCCAGCAAGAAGAGCUCGUCUGUUCACUCCAUCCCCGCCACAAACCGACAGAACCGCAGCAGCAAAGCCCGUGAAGCCCGUGACAAACAGAAUGCAACAAGGAUGAAUAGAAUGGGCCCAGAAAAGAGAUGGUUUACAGAUGAAGCAGAAAACGCAUACCCGAGGAACAUUCAAAUCAAGCCCAUGAGCACUCACAUGGCCAACCAAGUCAAUCAGUACAAAUCCACUAGCAGUCUGAUUCCACCUAUCCGAGAAGUCGAAGAUGAAUGCUGAACGAAUCCCCAGCCUUUACCAUCACGGAGGGACUUGGGUCAUCCUGCUGUAAAAGACGAGCGCUAAUCGUGAAACCAUGACUGUGAUGAUGGCGACACAUUGUUCUUCCCCUGUUCGAAUCGAAGGUUUCAAGCGAUCGAGAACUGGAAGGGACUUCCUAUGUGUAUACCUUUAAUGUUACUUCCAUACUUUUAUAUAUGUAUACAUAGUGAUGUACAUAAUGACAAUCAAGUAAGGAUUGUACAGCCCCUAGCACUUUUUGAAAUUAUGUUAACAGGCAAACAAAAGAAGACGAAAAAAAAAAAAAAAAAAGUACUUCCUGUGAUUCACUGCAAUAUUUCACCUCUGCCGUGACCUGACUCCAUGCAGAGGGCGCUAUAAUGGAGGAUGAGGGUCACCGUCGUUCACUUCAUCCAAACACUACCCAAAGAUCAGCCCCGCCGAUUGAGUUGCGUAUCCGUCGUCCGUUUCGUUUUGCACUACCGCGUAAAAACUGGAGCACUGCUCACAAAAGAGUCAGAGCUUUCUCCUCUGAGUUUGGGGCUGACGUCACAGGCUGAGGCUGUUAACUGAAUGGUUUUGUUCAGGGAAACGAGUGCUUGCGUGACUGUAUUCGUGCAUGGUGUGUGCCCGAAGGCUGCCUGAAGUAACCCGAAAGUGUGGCUCAGGAAAGGAUGCCCAUUUCCAUCCCUGCAGACCGUUUAUACACGUGGAAAUGUUUGCUGUACUAAAUGCAAAUGGCUGUCCCCAACGUAGCUCUUCGGAAUUGGCAAUACAUUGAGGAUAUGCACUACUUCUGUUGAUGUCUUUCCAUCAUCCAUGACUGCUGGUCAUCGAGGCUUAUAACAUGUUUGUCUGCGUCUGCGGCUCUGCUAUUAAUACGACUGAAUGGAACACUGCUGUAACCUGCUGAUAAUUCAACAAUGAUUGAGCUUUAAUGCUGAGAAAACAUAAAAUUGAUAAUGCCACGUAUUGCGAAAAGUGGGCAUCGAUGGUUCCUCCUUUGGGUGUAGUCGCUGCCUGACACAGGGUUGGCACGGGGGCGGAAAAGUGCUUGGAUGUUCCCCGUGACCAACCGUGAUGCCUUAAAGUCAAAGCUCAAUCAUAAUGUUCAAUUAUCAGCCAGAGAUGUAACUUGUGGAUGAUUCUUGCUGUGGUCUGAAUGGAUCUGAACGUCACUCACUUCUAUCAAGGCUACACGACUAUGUUGUACCUUUAAGUAGAACGUAUAUUGAUACAAAUGCUUCACAGACCUUUGAACUUUGCUUCAAGUGCUCUGUCAGAUUUAUACAUAAGUACAUACUUAUUUUUUAUCCAUGAGCGUAAUCAUUUUGUACUUAUUUUUAUACAUAUCAGAGAACUUUAUUUCUAAAUGUAUCUUAAAGAUAUCUUAAUAGCUACAUUGCAGAGCGGUUCAGUUUCUUCAGUUUUACCCCUGACAACACAACAUAUCACAUAACAUCAACCGGGACACGUCAAAAAGUCUGUGAACCCGAGUCAAAAAAAAAGGUACAAUUUCAGCUUGCCAUCUGGAGUGCUCUUUGAUACUCACACGGGCUGCUUUGAAGGACCUCGAGCUCUACUACUAAAACAGCAUACAUGCUUUCAUUUUCAUAAGCUAACAGAGAUGAAAACCAAUAUUGAAUGACUGAUGACACUUAUCUGUAAUUCCAGGUAAAGCGAUGUUGAUCCUCAGACAGACAGGAACUCAGAGGAGGGGCUCUGCUCUUUCUGUAAUGAGUUAGAGCGAUGUUUGACCUAAAUUAGGUCUCGGUAAAAGAAGAAGAAAAAAAAAAAGCGUGCAGAAGUACUUGCGCAAACAUCAUUUGAUCAGAAGCGAGCUAAUAGAUUGUAGAUGCAAGACAAGAGACAUUAGUAUUCAUCCAUCCAUUAAGAAAAAGAAUAAAGAAUCUGUUGUAUAAAUUCUGCCCGUUCUCGUCCACGUUUACUUUUUAAAGUCAAAGGAUCUCCGCUUUGUUUUGUCUACUGGACAAUUAGGCUUUGUCCUGAAGUGAUUUUCUGAAUUGUGAUUACAUUGGUGUUACACUUUGUAGCAGGUAGAUUUCUUAAUAAAUGAAGAAAAAAAAAAAUACAAACGUGAGUAAACUGUAUGUAUAAUUGGAUCGUCUACAUACUUGCUAGCCUAAAAAAAGAUUUUGAGCUAAAAAGGAAUCCACUGAGGUUAAAUGUCCAAUUUGUUUAUUGUCUCUUCUAUGUAAGGUCCUUUUCCUGUAAUGAACUACGUUACAAAGAAAGGCAGAUGGCGCGGUCAAGACAGCAGGUUUGAUUUGAUGAGAAGAGCGUAGAUGCACGCUGAAGGAAGCAGAAAGCAAACUAGCUCUUUCUUUUUGAGGAUUAUUAACCAUCAGGUUUUUACAUUCCAUUUUGUCAUCAGCAUUUCAACGUUACAAUCACAUAUACUUUAGAAAUGUCAAAAUCGGUUGUUUGUUUACAGACUUUUCUUUCUUUUUCGAAACACAUACUCAGGUAGCAAUCCUGAUGACAAAACUACAAAGAAAAGCUGGCUUACUUUUUUUUUUUUUUCGUUACCUUUCGUAGCCCUAAUGACAGUUUGAGGUGAUACUGAGAUUUUCUUCUCCACUGCAACAAAUGUGCAAUGUUUUAAUAUCAUGCGAUUUGUUUGUGCAUCUUGUGAAGAUACUACAGUGUACGCAUAUCACAGUUUCUACAGUGCCAUGAAAUGUAUCCAUCUACUAGCAUCGGUCAGUCAUUGGUCAGUAACGCCGGAUGAAUAUUGUGGCAUCUAACACUGGCAUGGAGAACAUCCAAGCCAUCCUUGCCUCCAUGCCAGGAGAAGUGCCAGGCAGUGCAGGAAGACCAAAGGAGGAACGCCGUAAAACCCACUAAAGCGAAAAGUGGCAUUCAAACGUGCAUACGACACAUGUGCCUAUGCAAAAAAAAAAAAAAAAAAAAAAAUGAUGAAGUCUAACGUCAAGAAAAGGGAAGAGCAAUGACUGAAAGAUGCUGAGUAGAACUAUGAUGUUUAGUUGGAUUCACCUGUCAAUGUAUUCAAGAGUGUUUUAAUUAAAGUAACAUAUAAAGCAACCUUACUGAUGUGCUAUGUAAUACACAACUGUCAUAUUUUGGCUAUUUUAUUCUACUGUAAAGGACAGAUUUAAGUUUUAGAAACUGUAUAAAGAAAAUACACUGUAACGGAAUAAAUACUUGGAGGGAACUAAGUCUUAACAUGCUGAACUUGCAUAUGGAUUACUGUUUUGUUGCUGUCUUUUCUUCCACUUCAAUAAAUAAUCAAAACAUCCAUUCACACAUGUAAUUAUUGGCAUAUUCAUUACAGGAAAAUGGGGUUUCUUAUAGCAGAAUGACUGAUUUGACUACCAGACGUGAAGAAAUUGAUGGUGCUGAGCUGAUCUACCUGACUCUGUCAAAUAUAACCUGCUGAUAAAACAUACUGUCUUGUACAAAAAGUUUGUACAUAAAUUGUACAUGGUUUCUUUUUGUAUUUUCUCAAAUUAAAAUGGAUGUAUUUGUGUUCUA